AUGCCUCGUGGUCAGAAGAGUAAGCUCCGUGCUCGUGAGAAACGCCGCCGUAACAGAGGUGAGACCCAAGGUCUUACGAGUGCUCAGGCCACCACAGCAGAGGGGGAAGAGACCACUCCUUCCUCCUCUCCUGUUUUUGGGGAUGCUCCCUCAGGCUCCCCUGUUCCUGGCACUUCCCAGGAGCCCCAGGAAGGUGUGGCCACCACCAGUGCUGCUGCAGGUGUUUCACGCCCGAGAGCUAAUGUAGGUGCCAAGAGCCAGGUUGAGGAAAAUAAAAAUUCCUCUCAGGCCUCAACUUCCCCUGAGAGUGCUCGCAAAGAUCCUCUAACCAGAAAGGUGGGGAUGUUGGUGCAGUUCCUGCUGUAUAAGUAUAAAUUGAAGGAGCCCAUUAAAAAGGCAGACAUGCUGAAGAUGGUCAACAAAAGGUACAGGGAGCACUUCCCCGAGAUCCUCAGGAGAGCCUCCGAGCGCGUGGAGCUGGUCUUUGGCCUAGAAUUAAAGGAAGUCAAGCCAGGCGGUCACUCCUAUACCCUCGUCAGCAGCCUAGACCUCACCAGUGACGGCAGUGUGAGCAGCAUCUCGGGCUUUCCUAAGAAUGGGCUUCUCAUGCCUCUCCUCGGUGUGAUCUUCUUGAGUGGCAACCGCGCCUCUGAGGAAGAUAUCUGGGGAUUCCUGAAUAUUUUGGGCAUCUAUGAUGGAAGGAGGCACUUCAUCUUUGGGGAGCCCAGGAAGCUCAUCACCCAAGAUUUGGUGCAGGAAAAGUACCUGGAGUACCGCCAGGUGGCCAACAGUGAUCCUCCACGCUACGAGUUCCUGUGGGGCCCGAGGGCCCAUGCUGAGACCAGCAAGAUGAAAGUCCUAGAGUUUCUGGCCAAGAUCCAUGAUACCGUCCCCAGUGCCUUCCCGCCGCAUUAUGAAGAGGCUCUGCAAGAUGAGGAAGAGCGAGCCCAAGCCGCAGCCCAGGCUGCCUCUAUUACCAAGGCCGGUGCACGUUCCCGGGCCAAGUCCAGCCGCUCCUCUCGUCCCUAG